AUGGCUGUGGCAAUAAGAGGAUACCCAUUCCACGAACUUUCGGCCGAGAAACUGGCAAAGCUUGAGCGAUCGGAGGUCGACACCUUAGCUUUGAUAGACGCACAGAUCGUUGAUGUGAAGAACAACACUUUCUCUGAUUUUCCCAGGCUUAGACGUUUGAGUCUAGAUUCUAACAGGCUGACAAAUGUCAAGCGGGCCUGGUUCACGGGUUUAGAGCCCCUCUUGGUGCUGAUUUUGGCCAACAACAGCAUCAAGCAGAUAGAGCCGGGUACCUUCAUGGACCUAACUAACCUUAGUCUGUUGGAUCUAGAUAACAACAUGUUGCAGGUUCUGACGACGUUAGACUUGAGGGAUAAUGAUCUGUCUUCUUUGGACAAAGAGGUCUUGUGGGGACAGUCUUCGCUGUCACAGCUACAUGUUAGCAGUAGUAGAUUGUCUUCUGUUCAUGGUGCAAUGCCGCAUCAAAUAGUGUGGAGGUUAGAUCGAAGAGUCCAAGAACGUUCCUCAUCAGGACUACUAUGGUUUACCAGUGAGGUUGAAGCGGCAGCAACAGUGGUCGUUGAGGUGCCCAAAUUCCACUUCUGCGCCAGGGACAAAGCUUAUUCUCAUGAGCUAUCAUUUGGGUGGAUGUUUGAUCCAUCACGCAUUGAGGUGGGAAACAACGAUAUGAGUGCGAGAAAUAUCAAACCUGGCAUAUCAUGUGGUGAUCUGGAUAGUUCACUGAGCACGAUCUCCAUCCAGUCCCCUUCUGUUGUCUUGGCUUCGGAUGGCUCUCGAUCUCUGACAGACCAACUGGACACCAACGCCCCUGAGCAGUGCAGGCAGGUUUGGGAAAGCGAAGGUGGCCGGAAAAUCCAAGACGACGUCAUUUCCGGCAUUGUAAGGUCAGCUUCUCUCCCGGCUUGCACUCUUAGGUUCACCCCAGACGAUGCGGUAUCCUGUAGGUCAUUGCCGGCUGUCCUAGAGUCCAUCAAACACACCUACAGUCAGAUCCCAGAUCACAUAGCCGCUGCGCAGCGCCCCCUGCCGGCCCUCCCACGUACAUCCUGGGAGAUCCAAAAUCACGAACUUCAAGCUUCUGCACAGCGCCCUUUACAUGUCCUUACACACCACUACAGUCAGAUCCCAGAUCACAUAGCCGCUGCGCAGCGCCCGCUGCCGGCCCUCCCACGUACAUUCUGGGAGAUCCAAAAUCACGAACUUCAAGCUUCUGCACAGCGCCCUUUACAUGUCCUAACACACAACUACAGUGAGAUCCCAGAUGAUAAGGAUAGUGGCCCCAUGCCUUUGUACCUAGAUGUUGCAGAGUUUUCGCUGCAUGCUGUCCCAAGCAGUCAACAGAACCGACGGUCUGGAAGAUCAAUUGUUACAUAUGGAUCGAUUGGACACACCAACGCCCAGCAAAAUAUUUUUUACAGAAACGCUUCCCAGGUAAAAAGUAUCAUGAGCCGUCGUAGGCAGCUGAGGUCUUUGGUAUCUCAGCCUACUGAUCAAGUUGCAAUGACGUACGUCAACGUCACAGAUGCAAGGCUGUCAAGAGGUCAAGACGACAAGAGAGCUCAUAUAACCUAUUUCUCACUGCCUAACAUUUACUGGCCAUGGGAGAUCCCAGGGGAGGGAACCCGUAACACAGCACGGCGUGCGUCCCUCCCCACCGUCACACUACCUAACACCUACAGGCCAUGGGAGAUCCCAGGGGAGGGAACCCGUAACACACCACGGCGUGCGUCCCUCCCCACCGUUACACUACCUAACACCUACUGGCAAUGGGAGAUCCCAGGGGAGAAAACCCGUAACAUAGCACGGCAUGCGUCCCUCCCCACCGUCACACCACCUAACACCUACUGGCCAUGGGAGAUUCCAGGGGAGGGAAUCCGUAACACACCACGGCGUGCGUCCCUCCCCACCGUCACACUACCUAACACCUACUGGCCAUGGGAGAUCCCAGGGGAGGGAACCCGUAACACAGCACGGCGUGCGUCCCUCCCCACCGUCACACUACCUAACACCUACUGGCCAUGGGAGAUCCCACGGGAGGGAACCCGUAAC